AUGCCUUCCAGACAGAGUACCCUCCCAAGCCUGGAUUUGUCGUCCUCCAAUUUCAAGAAGAGUUUGAAGAGUCCAGCGUCACAAAGCGCAGAUGGCUUGAAAGUGGACUCGCUCAGUCCUCUCACCCCUCGGUCUCCCAAAUCCUCCCCGAGCUCUCCGUUCGCGAACGGUUCCACGAUUCGACCGGUCACCCGACGCUCGAAAACCGAAAGUGCUCUGAUUGUUCCCUCUUCUCCUAAAGGAGGGGAGGAGCCUCCCACGCCGAAUUUUACCUCCCUUCCCCAAUAUCCCGCGUCCCCCAAGGACUCUCCCAAACACAACCGUGACCAGUCCAAGUCGUUCUUUGCCAACUUGAAGGCUUCGAAAUCCUCUCACAAGAUCUCUGCGUCCGAGAGUUCAGGGCAGUCGGGGGAAAACCAACCAAAGAGUCGCGGCGGCUCUAAGGACCGAGCGCAACCCGCAUCCAAAAGUGACGGAUCAACUUCAGAUCCGCAGGAGUCUUCUGGACGGACGGGUAACGAUAAAGGCGAGAAUACUUCUGACGAUCAGAAUGGACCACCUCAAAAUCCUGAUUCAGAACAAGCCCCUGCCCCCGUUUCGAAGAAGAGCAAGCCGCGCUUUGCGAAUCUCCUUGGGCGAACUCGGUCAAUUCGAGUGGAUGACAGCCAAGGUGCCAAACUCUCUACCCGGCGACGGCCAUCCAACGCGGCACUUCUCAAAGUAGAAGAGAAUGGCGAGCAGAAUGACCAGGAAGCGGCCAAGACAGCACCGUUGCGCCCGGAUAGAGCGUUUAAAGAUGCUGCUGGAUCGGCGAUUCGCAACCGUUCUGCCGAUCGUCCUGCGGCCGCCAGUCACUCUGGGGGUAAAAAGGAGAGAAGCCAUGGCGCGUCGUUGGUGACGUCCGCGUCCCUCAGCCAAGUCUCGGGUGCCUCGGCUGCUCUCUUCAACAACCUUAAGCAAUCAUCGACUGAAGCGGCAGACCGCCUUGGAAAAGCAGGCAAGGGCUUUCUCGGGAAGAUCACCAGGAGUGGGAGCACCAACGAGCGAGAGGCGAUUACGGAUGACAAUUACGUGUGUUCGGUUAUUAAUCUGCCUCUGAUCGAGCAAACGCGGCGGACCAGGAUCUCGAAACGGUUGGAAGAUUGCAAAGACAAAACGGAAUACUGGAUGCCCGCUCUACCUUACCGCUGUAUUGACUACCUGAACUUUAAGGGAUGCGAAGAAGAGGGAUUAUAUCGAGUUCCAGGCAGUGGGAGGGAAGUGAAAUACUGGCAACGUCGUUUUGAUAUGGAGGGCGAUAUCAAUCUUUUUGAUGAGCCGGACUUGUAUGACAUCAACACAAUUGGCUCCAUGUUCAAAGCCUGGCUUCGGGAGUUACCUGAUGAGCUUUUGCCCAAAGAGACCCAGGCGAGGAUCGCGGAGCAAUGCUCAGGCGCGACCUCGGCCCCGCAGAUGCUCCGGGAUGAGCUGUCGAAGCUUCCUCCUUACAACUACUAUCUCCUUUUCGCAAUUACCUGUCAUCUCAACCUUCUACACUCGUAUGUGGAACAGAACAAAAUGGAUUACCGCAAUCUGUGCAUUUGCUUCCAGCCGUGCAUGAAGAUCGAUGCUUUCUGCUUCCAGUUCCUGGUUUGCGAUUGGAAGAAUUGCUGGCAAGGCUGCUGGACGGAGAAGGAGUGGCUCAAGGCCGAGCAGGAGUAUGAAGCUGCUGUAAAGGCUGAAGCUGCCGCCAAGGCUGAAAAGGCUGGGCAGGGAGGCAAAACUGAGCAGACUGGAAAGGAGAAUGGAAAGAGCCACAGCGGCCCUCCCAACUCGUCACACGAGUCGGCUAUCGAUGAACGCGCCGUUUACUCCUCAGGAAGCAGCCAAAGCUCGGAGAGCGAGGAGACGUCGAAACGCGAAGAGAGCCCGAAAGGGCGUCGACCGCCCCCUGCGAAACUUGAGAAUUCUCACAACCGGAGCGUGUCGCAACUGCCAGAGCUGGGGCCUCCGCUGUCACCAAUCAAAAUCUGA